AAAAAGGAAGGAAAGAAAGAAAGAAAGAAAGAAAGAAAGAAAGAAAGAAAGAAAGAAGUGAAAACUUUGUGUGCAUCCGUUCCAUGAGCAGUAUGGAGAAAAUAAUGUCAGCUUUCUGGUUAGAUAUCAGACCUUUAAAAGAGCCACUGGGUUUUAUACGAGUCCUGGAAUGGGUGUUUGCCAUAUUUGCAUUUGCUUCAACUGUUGGGUAUACUGGUAACACAAGAUUCAAUGUCCAAUGUCAGGGGGCUGGUUCUAUCCAUGAGAUCAACGUGUCUUUCGAAUACCCUUUUAGCCUUAAUCAACAUAAGUUUGAUGUGCCGACCUGCAACAAAACAGACACAAAACCACAAUUUCUGAGUGGAGACUUUUCAUCUUCAGCUGAGUUCUUUGUUGCAGUUGGAGUCCUGGCCUUCUUGUACUGUUCCAGCAUACUUAUGGUGUAUGUUGGCUACCAGAAUGUAUAUCGUGAAUCAAACCGUGGCCCUGUUAUUGAUCUGCUAAUAACUGGAAUCUUUACAUUCCUUUGGCUUGUUGCUUCUUCUGCCUGGGGAAAAGGCUUGGAUGGUGUGAAACGGGCGACAGAUCCAACAGUUCUAAUACAAAUACCCGAUGCCUGCAAGGCCCGUGGAAACAAUUGCACACAGGGUGCCGUUCCUACUUUCGGCCCCCUCAAUUCUUCAGUGAUUGCUGGGUUUCUUAAUCUCAUUUUAUGGGCAGGAAACUGCUGGUUCAUCUUUAAGGAGACACACUUCCAUAAACAGGCUUCUCCUUCAGCCACUCAGCCAGACGCAACAAGGCAACCUUGACAAAAGAGUAAGAGCAACGGCUGUCCCAACAGAUAGCCGUUACACUUUACAGACAGUUGUGGUUCAGAGACUCAACUUCCUGUGUAACAUCGCAGAUCACAGGAAGCAUGUUUUUUUGUCUACAGUGUCUUUUAAUUUAGUUCAUACACUCAGUCUAAACUGCUCCAUUACCAUAUAUCUGAAUAAAAUUACUGUCUCAAGAAAUCAAGCUGUGAGAAAAUGUAUCUGUAUAGUCAUGUAUAUGACUCAUAAAUGUGAUCUGAUUCGUAAAUGCGUCAAGGAGAAAGACGUUACACACACACACACACACACACACACACACACACACACAGACUUCAUGUGGAGCACUUUGCUUAAAGAAACAAGGUCAUGGAUGCAAAUGCAUAUGAAUUGUAAUAUCUAGUUACUUCAGCCUAGUGCUUUCUAUCAUUGCUGAACAAAUUUUGUAUAGUUUUCUUUUUUCACAAACUUUGAUUUAUGAUUUAGUUCACAAGAAAAAAAAAGAACUGGCAAAAAUUUUCAAAUUUUCCAGUGACAUGAUGUAUGAACCAUAAAAUUGACUUAAGUAUCUUUUACAGAAACUGUGCAUAAGAGUAUUAGUUAAAGAAUUUUUGUUUUCUUUUGCUACAAAGGUGUGUCAGUGCGUUAAUAAUACUCUGUAAUGCAGCACAAAUUACAUUUAUCCAUCAUCUCAAUGUCUAGUGCAAUGCUAGCAAAUACGAUUAACUUAAAAUGACGUGUUUAAGUACAUUUUUCUUUAUUUUAUGUGAAAUCCAGAUGUGCUCAUAACAAAUAAAAUUCUAUUAUUUCAUUUUGUGCUAUAUUUGGAAUAGGAGGAAGCAUAUUUUGUUUUGUUUAAGCACUGAUGAAUCAAAUGAAAAUGUUGUGGUUAAGCAAAGCAAAAUUAUUUAAAUAGUUUUACAAUAAAAAUGUACUUACAUUUAUUGCAUGAUUGUGGGAGCUGCAUGAUAUGCCAUGUUUUAAUUAAAGGAAAAUUCCACCAUGAAGCACAUUAAAUAUCUUGUUAUGUGCUUACUGUUAUGUGCUUUGUGAUGCUGGUGGUCAUUUGUUGAUUUAUGCUGUAUCUUUGAAUUCCUGUGCCGGGUGAUUGUUUUUAUGCUGUAGUAAAUACGUCACUGACAGAAAAUCUAGCCUUUAUGGUUACUGUUUUACAUCCAAGUAUCUCUUGUACUUGGAACAAUAAAUGCUUUUAAUAAAUAAAUGAAGU